CUUUUCUGUCUGGCCCGCGGCCCCGCUGCCUGCCCUGCUCCAAGCUCCGCCUGCGCCGCCGAUCGCCCGGGUAUCGCGGGGGCCCAGGCCAGCUGAGUCCGUUUUCCGCGCCGGGGUGGCGCCCCUCCAACCGUCCUAACGCCGGUCCGGCAGCAAGGAGCAAGUCUGCACCCCGUAGGAACAGUCGCGCUCCCUUGGCCCCACCCAGUCCCUGCCACGCAAGGGGCCAAGGAGGAGGGCCCUGAGCCCAGGAGGUGCGCAUCUCGGACCCAGGGUCCCGGGUCCCGACCACGGACUGGGGCCGGCGGCGCUCGGGGCUGGGCUCUGCGUCCGCGGGAGGCGGGGGCAAGACGGGGCUUGGAGGCCCGGGUGGGGAAACUGAGGCCCCAGAGGAAGAGAGAGGGAGAGGGCUUGCCGGACACUCCCGAGUGGCAGCGGCCUAAUCCCCAGGACCCCCGCUCUCCGCUCACUGUGGCCCGGGCUGCGCCCAGCGUUUUACAGCCCUUCCCGCGUGUCCUCCCCCCGGGCGCCGCGUGCCGCCCCCCAUCCACUGAGGCCGGGAGCAGGGGAUGACUGGCCCAAGGUCAACGAGCCAGCGAGUUGAGGCGCGUUCCCAUCGUUCCGUGGAGAACCCGGGCCCUGCCUCCCGGAGAGGUGGACAGCGGCCACCUCGCUCCCCUCGGGGAAUCCUGGGCGCCCCUUCCCGUGCAUCCUGCGCUGGGAUUGCGUGUGUCCUCGCUGUGCCUCGGUGCUUGAUUUCCAGCGGACGGUGGACUGGCCCAUGCGCCCCUCCCGGCGGCCUCGGCUCACCUCUGACAAUGGACCUAGUACGGAGACGCAGGAGCCAAGGCAGGGAUCCGCCUUCGCGGCCUCCGCGAAGUCGGUCCCAGCCCCUCUCCCAAAGGACAGCUGGAAGCAACAGCUGAGCACCGAGCCACUGCCACCGUGCGCCUCCCAGAGCUGCCAGAGCUGAGCCCGGGGUCCAGCGGGACCUAGAGUCCACAUGACCGCAGUGUUCCUGGGACCUCAGAGACCAGGCUCAGAGCCUGACAUCCCUGCGAGGGGACAGCCUCAUCCGCCCAGGCCGGUGGGGGUCUCUACAAGUGCCCAGGCUCAGGUGCAGCCCCCAGCAAUGCAUCGCCGGAGACUGGCCCUGGGUCUGGGGUUCUGCCUGUUGGCGGGCACAAGCCUCAGUGUCCUGUGGGUGUAUCUUGAGAACUGGCUGCCAGUCUCCCAUGUCCCCUAUUAUCUCCCCUGCCCAGAGAUCUUGUCACAGUACCCUCAGCCCAAGCUGCUGGAGCACAGGCCCACACAGCUGCUGACACUCACACCCUGGUUGGCGCCCAUCGUCUCCGAGGGAACCUUCAACCCAGAGCUCCUGCAGCACAUCUACCAGCCACUGAACCUGACCAUUGGGGUCACGGUGUUUGCCGUGGGGAAGUACACUCAUUUCAUCCAGUCCUUCCUGGAGUCAGCCGAGGAGUUCUUCAUGCGUGGGUACCGGGUGCACUACUACAUCUUCACUGACAACCCUGCAGCCAUUCCCGGCAUCCCGCUGGGUCCCCACCGGCUCCUCAGCUCCAUCCCCAUCCAGGGUCACUCCCACUGGGAGGAGACAUCCAUGCGCCGGAUGGAGACCAUCAGCCAGCACAUUGCUAAGAGGGCUCACCGGGAGGUGGACUACCUCUUCUGCCUUGAUGUGGACAUGGUGUUUCGGAACCCGUGGGGCCCUGAGACCUUGGGAGACCUGGUGGCUGCCAUUCACCCAAGCUACUACGCCGUUUCCCGCCAGCAGUUCCCCUAUGAGCGCAGGCGUGUUUCCACUGCCUUUGUGGCAGACAGCGAAGGGGACUUCUAUUAUGGUGGGGCAGUCUUCGGGGGGCAGGUGGCCAGGGUAUAUGAGUUUACUAGGGGCUGCCACAUGGCCAUCCUGGCGGACAAGGCCAAUGGCAUCAUGGCAGCCUGGCGGGAGGAAAGCCAUCUAAACCGUCACUUCAUCUCAAACAAGCCGUCCAAGGUGCUGUCCCCCAAGUACCUCUGGGACGACAGGAAGCCCCAGCCACCCAGCCUGAAGCUGAUCCGCUUUUCUACACUGGACAAGGAUAUCAGCUGCCUGAGGAGCUGACCACGGAGCUGGGGGUUGCCAUGGAUGGGGACCCAAAGACCUGCAGCCACCAGUGCUUCACUAGCGUGCAGACCAGCCCUGUCCCGCCUCCCUGUCAGUCAAGCGAAUUCAACCGGAAAAGGGACGUGGAAAGGCCACUGUGAACUGCAGAGGGCUGUGCACACAGUAGCACACAGGAUCUCACAGUAACGCGGCAUAGGAACGGUGAGACGGGGAGGGGAGGCGCAGUUACAAAGGCAGGGCCCGGCAGGCUUGCCACGUUCUGCAGCCGUGCCUUUGCGGGGCAGGCUCUGAAGCCUCAGCCCGACUCAGAGUGCCUGAACCCUGCCGCGCCAGUCCCCCGUUUAUUGCAUAUUGCCCUUAACGUAGCAUUUCUAAUACCCUGGUGUGAAGGCGCCCUAGACCCCUUUUCUCUGGUCACAGGGGUCCUGGGUCCCUUGAUGUCUCCCAACCACAUGUAGCCAAUUCCUCACUCAGGCCCCCAGAGUGAGCCUUUGAAAUGGAGCAGGUCUAGGCUCCCUCGGUUUCCUGCACCCCAAAGUGAGCCGCACUCUCAGGGGACUAGCCACCUCCUUCUUAAGAGGGUUUGAGGCAGUUUAUAAUAAAGGGGGCGUGUGCUCGACCCUA